ACAUAGCUAACUAUCUAGCUAACUACACUACCUAGCUAACUACCUAGCUAACUACCUAGCUGACUACCUAGCUAACUACCUAGCUGACUACCUAGCUAACUACCAUUUUCCGGUCUUUUCGCGGUCAUUUCCUUCGGAGAUUGCAACUGAAAUAUGCCCAACAUCCGGCAGAUCCGGAAGAGGGAGAGGAAGACAAGGAAGUUGACCCAGGAGGCCAUGGAACAGGCCCGCCAGGAAGUGGAAGAAGGCAGGCGGAGUAUACGGCAUGCAGCCCACAUGUUUGGGGUCCCGAAGUCCAGCCUGAGUGAGCGAGUCAGUGGAAGGGUGGCAUCUGACUGUGUCCAAGGUCAGAGGACUCUCCUCACCCCUGCAGAUGAGUAUUCCCUGGUAGAAUACUGUUUGUAUUCUGCCAGUCACGGGUUUCCACUGACUCAAGCCUCAGGUCCUGGCCCACGCUCUGGCCAUAUACAACCUCUGCUACCAGGACGCACUAAAGACCCCACUUGGCCAGACGUGGUGGAUAAACUUCAGGGAGCGGCACCACCAUCGCCUUACAGCCCAGUACCCAGACAUAAUUGACUGUGGGAGGGCAUCCUGUGCCAAGAAGGGGGCCAUCGAGGAGUACUUCAGGCUCCUCACCACCACCCUGGAGGAGCAUGGGCUGAGGGAGAAACCCCGUCAAAUAUACAACUGCAACGAGACAGGGUUUCAGCUGGACUCGGCAAGAAUAAAAAGGUCAUCGUGCCCCAGGGGACCAAACGUGCGUAUAGGCAGGCCACCUCUGGAUCCACCUGGAUCCAGAGGUGGUCCGGGCGGCACAGAGGGAGGGGGUCAUCCUCCUGUGUCUGCCACCCCAUACAGUACAUCUCACAUCCUUCAGCCUCUGGAUGUGAGUUUCUUUAGACCCUUGAAGACAGAUUUCUCUGGUGUUGCAGGAGAUCUGUCAGCAGUGAGCCACAGUUUUCAAGGGUCCUAAGAGACUCCUACAAGAGGGUGAAGGAUCGGAGAAUGGUGGUGGCUGGGUUCAGGAGGUGUGGCCUCUACCCUCUGGACCCAAUGGCCAUCGACUGGUCAAGGGUCAUGCCGUCCGGGCCGCGGCGUGGGACCUCCUCCGCCAACCCCAUCGGCAUCUUCCUGAGCCGUGCCUGAUGUUACCCACCCCUCCUAACAUCCCCUACCCCCAGUUGCCCCUGUCCUGACCCCCCAGCCCCAGAGUCAACCACCCCCUAUCCCCAAUCCCCAGAACCCACCUCCACCUGCCCCUCCUCCUCCCAAUCCCUACCUCACCCAUCCCCUGGUAACAUCAGGCCGAAUCACAGUAGACCUGGCCCACCUCCUGGCCGAAAUAAAUUACCAUCGAAACACCGGAAAGGUCAGGAGGAACACCACCGAGGCCAAGAUACUGACGGCUUAGGAGAUGUCCGACGUCAUCGAGGAGGCGGAGGACCGUGCUGCAAGUCGGGAGGCCCAAGCUCUGGCCAGAAGACAGCAGCAGCGGGCCGAAGACAUCAGUCCAGCAACCACUUCCUCUACCCUGCCUGGCGGCCCCAGCCGUAGAAGAACAGUGCCCCUCGGGCUGCUCCAGCCACCAGCUCCGGCCUUUCCACCGCCGGUCCCUCACCCACCUCUGCCCCCUCUUGUGCCUCCCACGGUCCCGUGCAGGGAACCUGACCCUCCGGGGAGUUCGGAGGUAUUGGUGUCGUGGGUCCAGUGCGACAACUGCCACACAUGGUUUCACACCAUGUGCGUGGACUGGGACGAGGAGCUGGAUGACGAUGAUUAUGAUUAUUUUAAAUGUAAUUUGUGUCCAGAUAUUUAAUUAAAUUAAUUUUUAAUUUAUGUAUUUUAAUUUUUUACAUGUUUUAUCUUAUUUUUGUUGCUUUUAAAUAAA